ACAUAUUGAUUUCAGAAUAAGGAUACUUAUUUAUUAGAUGAAUUUUUUCCCAGGACUUAAAAAAAAUCAGAGUUAUUGAAUCAGCAAGCAGAGACAGUAUAAAAGAUCAGCGCAGCUUCCGUGAUGUCAGCCAUUAGUUUCUGAAGUCAGUGUUGAAGCCUCAGGAUGAACGUGUUCAUCGGCUCCAUCUUGGUUGCAAAAACUGGAUAUGACAGGGAAGGGCGGGUCUCACUGUGAAACCGCAUAUUCAUUGGCAAAUGACGUGUAAUUGACAACUUUUUAGCUAAUUACCCUGUGGUUUCAUACCACAGAUAAUCCUCCAUUUUGAAACAUGGUAUAACCAAGAUUUACAAAACAGACUUUUUUUAUUCAGUAUAUCCCAAAAUGAGUGACUGAGCUCAUGAAUUCAGCAGGAAAGUGUUUCCCGAGGUCAGAAAGUCAUUUUCUCAUAGACUUCUAUAGGAAGAGAAGUAUUUUUGCCAUCACCAGCUGGUGGCUUCAGAUAGACUGUAGGAACUUCUGCACUGGUUUCAUUUUUCUGACCCAGAUGCUACAUUCAAGUUUACAUCUUCCAGUUCUCUAAAACUCUGGCUGCUGCAAUAGCAAUGUCCGAAGGUUUGGAGAAAAAAUUAGACAGGCAAGGCUGAGAUGGUUUGGACCUGCUCAGAGGAGGGUAGGAGAGAUAUUGGACAAAGGAUGCUAAAGAUGGAGCUGCCAGGCAGGAAGAAAAGGGGAAGACCUCAGAGGUAGGGUUUAAGCCCGGGAUCCGGGAUUCCCGGGAAAUGCGAUCAGAACCAUUUCCCGUUUCCCGGGAAACGUAAGACGGGAAACCGGGAAAAAAGUCGCGCACGUCGAUUUGUUGUCAUACGGUAACAUUGAUGGGGUGAUGAGUCAACAGUACUUACGGUAUUGCGGUAACUCAGCAGAAGCGAGGCGCAUACAGGCAAUGAUGUCUACGAACAGUUUUGUGUGGGGGCAUUUUACAAAAAUAGAUAAUGACAGCGCCAAAUGUAUGUUGUGUGACCGAGUCGUCAAAUGUUCUGGUGGAUCAACAAGCGGACUACGCAGACAUUUAGAGUCCAAACAUGACAAACACGAAGAAAGGCCAUCAUGUUCAAAACGUGCUAAAAUGCUGGAUGGCUACUUUAGCCGAGUUAGCAGCAAGUCUCUUGAAGAAAUACUAGCGGAGAUGGCAGCUUUUGAUGGAUUCUCCUUUAAUAGUAUGGCGAAAUGUGAGUAUCUGAGAUCAGCACUCAAGAGGGAUGGCUACACUCUCCCAAAGAAUCCCACAGAAAUCUCCAAGCAGGUUAGAGUGUUUGCGAACGAGGAGAAAAUUAAACUGGCCGAAAUGUUCCAAGACAUGGUGAAGAAAGGGUUGCGUUUUUCGUUGACCAUUGACGAAUACACUUCUUCCCAACAUAAGCGGUACAUGAGCAUAAAUGUGCACGGUGCGCAAACUUACUGGAAUUUAGGUGUCAUACAUGUCCGUGGAACAAUGCCAGCAGAAAAAGUGAAAGCAUUGGUUGACGAUCAGCUUCAAUGUUUCAAGCUUGACAUGAACCAACACAUUGUGUGCUGCACUACGGAUGGAGCAUCAGUGAUGGUGAAGUUUGGGAGACUGGUGCUGCCGGAAUUACAGCUGUGCUAUGCCCACGCAGUUCACCUGGCUGUCACAGAUGUGCUCUACCACCGUGCCACCUCUGAUGGAGAGAGCAAAGCAAGUGAAGAAGAGGAGGAGAGCAGUGAAGACUCUGAUGACGAGUUAGCUGUGUGCGAGGAUGGGUAUCGGUCAGUGAGAGAGGACAUGUACAGGAGCGUGGAGCGAGUGCGUAAAAUUGCGAGGCACUUCCACAAAUCCCCAGUCAGCAACGACAAGCUGAGGGAAUGUGUCAAACAAGACCAGGGGAAAGAGUUGGCACUCAUCUUGGAUUGUCGCACCAGAUGGAACAGUUUGGCUGACAUGCUGGACCGCUACAUUGCACUACACAGACCAGUGACGAAGACCCUCGUUGAUAUCAACAAUGCACUAAUCAUCACCAACGAAGAGCUUGCACUCAUUCAGCAACUCAGCUCCUGCUUAAAGCCGGUGAAGAUGGGAGUCGAAUCGCUUUGUAACCGUGACACCACCCUCGUUAAAGCUGAUGGGAUUUUCAUCUUCAUGAUUGACCAGUUGACAAAGCAGGACACCCCCCUGAGCCUUGAAAUGAGGGAUGCGAUUGAGAGGAGAUUCAUGGAACGGAGACAGAAGAACUUGGUAUCUUUGUAUAGGUACCUUCUGGAUCCCGGUGUUCUAGUCGCACCAGCACCAAGGCCCACUGAGAUUUUCACCAUGCCAUCAAGACAGAUGCUGAUACGGACGGCUAAGGGACUUGUGGAGCGUCUUUUCCUCGGCCGUUUCUCCGAAGAGAGCGCGAGCGAGGGUGAUGCAGAUGCCAGACCUACAUCACCGACUGAAGACGUCUCAACUGAAGGGAACCUAGCAUUGGAUCUGCAGCAGGCCAUUUCAAUGACCACUACGCCGGCGUCAGAUGAAAUCAAAGAGGGUGACCUCAUGAAAGUUCUGACCAAAGAGUUUUCUCUGUUCGAAGCUACAAACAGGAGACCGCCCCACCUGCAGCAGUUGUUUGAUGCCCUGCAUUCUGUUCAGGCUACAUCCGUGGAGGCGGAGAGAGCAUUUUCUAUCUGCGGCCAAUUUGUCACUAAACUCCGAAAUCGCUUAAGCGCAGAAUCUCUCGAUGCUCUCUGCUUCUUAAAAGCACACUUUCAGAAAAAAAAGAAAGCUUCCGAAUGUUAAAGUUAAGGAAAUAUUGACAGAAGGGUUCGUUUAAUGCGAAAGCAUUACUUUUCAUUUCA